CCGUCCUCCUCGACUGUGAGCCUCUCCACUUCCUGGAUACGCGUUCAGACAGCAGCCUGGAUGUGUUUUCCCCACUUGGCACCGAGCCCCCGCCAGCCCGCUGCUUUCACACACACGAACCAGGCCACUUUCCGAGGACAGCCGGCGGCUAAUGUCGCUGACGGACUGAUGAUAACGUGAGCACGAGGCGGAGGGCGCACAGGAAGCGCCACGUCACGACAGGGGAGAGAAACACCCCCGGAACAUAGACGGCUCCACUCCGGAGUGUAGACGGCUCCCGUCGCCGCUGUUAGCCCCCCCACCCCCCACAUCUGUGCCGCCGGUGUCCGGGGCCGUUCGACGUUUUCUGACCGACGGAGCAAACGACACCGCGGUGCAGCCAUGACGGCGUCAAACUGGGGUUUAAUCAUGAACGUGGUGAACAGCAUCGUGGGAGUCAGCGUGCUCACCAUGCCCUUCUGCUUCAAACAGUGUGGCAUCGUGCUGGGAACCCUGCUGCUGUUCUUCUGUUCCUGGAUGACCCACAAGUCCUGCAUGUUCCUGGUCCACACAGCCAGCAACACCAAGCGGAGGACCUAUGCUGGACUGGCCUUCCAUGCAUAUGGCAAACCAGGGAAAGCUCUGGUGGAAACCAGUAUGAUCGGCUUGAUGUUGGGAACCUGUAUUGCUUUCUAUGUUGUCAUUGCUGAUCUGGGCUCAAAUUUCUUCGCUCAGCUGUUGGGUUUACAGGUGACGGGCAGCUUCCGCGUGGUGCUGCUGAUCGCCGUGUCUCUGUUCAUCGUGCUGCCUCUGAGCCUGCAGAGAAACAUGAUGUCCUCCAUCCAGUCCUUCUCGGCGAUGGCGCUGAUGUUCUACACCUUCUUCAUGUUCACGAUGGUGCUGUCCUCGUUCAAACACGGGCUGCUCAGCGGCUGGUGGCUAGAGCAGGUCAAUGUGGUGCGCUGGGAGGGUGUGUUUCGCUGUCUCCCCAUCUGUGGGAUGGCCUUCGCCUGCCAGUCGCAGGUGCUGCCGACCUACGACAGCCUGGAGGAGCCGUCGGUCAAACGCAUGAGCACCAUCUUCACCUCCGCCCUCAACGUGGUCACCGUCUUCUACAUCACCGUGGGGUUCUUCGGCUACGUCAGCUUCACGGAGAACAUCGCCGGCAACGUGCUGAUGAACUUCCCGUCCAACCUGGUGACGGAGAUGAUCCGCGUGGGCUUCAUGAUGUCCGUGGCGGUGGGCUUCCCCAUGAUGAUCCUGCCGUGCCGCCAGGCCAUCAACACCAUGCUCUUCGAGCAGCAGCAGAAGGAUGGGACGUUUGCUGCCGGGGGUUACAUGCCUCCUCUGCGUUUCAAGAUGAUCACCCUCUGCAUUGUGUUUGGAACCAUGCUGGGAGGCAUUCUCAUCCCCAACGUUGAGACCAUCCUGGGCCUGACUGGAGCCACCAUGGGGAGCCUCAUCUGCUUCAUCUGCCCUGCUCUCAUCUACAGGAAGAUCCAGAAGAGCGGCGUCAUUGCUCAGCUGGUGCUGUUCGUGGGUCUGGGCAUCCUGCUGGUCAGCACCUUCACCACCCUCUCCAUCACAGCCAGCAACCCGGGCCCCAGAGUCCCCGCUCCUCCUCCUCCGGCGCCCGACAAGAGCAACCUGCCGCAUCCGGGCCACCCCGACCUGCAAGAGAAGCUCCCAGUGAAGGAGCGUGAGGAGCUGGCGAAGCCUGACGUCCCCCCUGUGGAUCCGGUCCGUCCUGUGGGCGGGGGCCAGGCGGAGCCGCCGCAGAUCAAAGGCCCGGAAGAGCCGCCCGAGAGGAAGAAGGAGGAGGAGGAGGUGCAGCUGGACCGGCCCGACGCCGGGGUGGCGGUGCCGGAGGGAGACGCCCACCGCCACGAGCCGCCCAUCCCCCACGACGAGGUGAAGAUAGAGGAGGUGAAGAACGACGCCGAGCUGGAGGAGGACAGGAAGCAGCCCGUCCCUCCGGGAGGAGGAGCGGCCGAGGACCCGGAGCGAGCGGCCGAGCAAGCAGGCGCUGAGAACGGCGAGGCGGGAGCCGAGCAGCAGCCUGCGGAGGUGGCGGUGAAGAAGGAGGAGGCGGGUCUGGGCGGAGGCCACGGUUUGGCCAAUGAGGUGGAGGACAAGCCCGUCCAGGACGGAGCCGAGGAUCAGGACGAUUCCAAGCUGAAGGAUCUGGAGAAGCUGAGUCCCGUGAAGGAUCCCGUCGCUGUGAACGUAGCCGCGGCGUCCAAUCAGGAAGCAGCAGCUCAGGUCAAUAAAGUGGGCGUGGCGCCAAAUGCCGCCGCAAACGCUCUGCCCGAAGCGGAGCGUCAUCCCGCCGCAGGAGAAGCUCCGCCCGCCGACGGCAAGGACGCCGCCGCAGACGAGAAGAUGGAGGUGAUAAAAAAGCUGGUCGCAGAGGGCCAGCUCGACCACGCCGUGCUGCUGCAGGUCAUCAAGGAGCAGCAGGAGCAGCACAAGAGGCUCCUGGACCAACAGGAGAUCCUGCUGGCCGUCAUCGAGGAGCAGCACAAGGAGAUCCACCAGAAGCAGCCUGCCGGGGCGGCCGCCGCUGAGAACGAGGCGGAGAAGAGCGUCCAAGAGCGAGCCGAGCCGGCGGAAGGUGGAGCGCCGAAGCCCAAAGAGGCGGCUGCGGCCGUCCAGCCCGCGGGAGGCGAGGCUCGCGCCGCCGGACAGGAUCCGCCUCCAGCCGGGGACAAGGCGCCAGAAGAGGGCGCCGCUAAAGGAGCACCUGCAGCUUACAAAGAGGACGGGAAGGCGGCGGCGGCGGGAGAAGCCCCGAAGCAGAGCGAGCUGGGGGCCAGGGGAGUGCCGCUGGGAAAGAAGCCGCUGACGCAGAACGCUCAGGCAGCUCAGGUCAAAGACGAUGAGAGACGUCUGGAGGAAGGUAAAGACGCUGCGGAAAAGCUGGAAAAAGAGAGGCUGGAGAAAGAGGUGCAGGCCAGAGUGGAGAAGGAGCGCCUGGAGAGGGAGAGGAGAGAAAAGCUGGCCAGAGAGCAAGAGCUGGAGAAGGAGAGGAUGGAGAAGGAGAGGCAAGCCGCUUUAGAGAGAGAGCGGCUGGAGAAGCUGGCCAGACAGCAGGAGGCGGAGAAGGAGAGAGAGACCCAGGAACGGCUGGAGAGAGAGCGGCGGGAGAAGCUGCAGAGGGAGCAGGAGCUGGAGAAAGAGCGAGUGCAGCAGGAGCUGCAGAAAGCCGACAGCGAGAUCGUGGAGCGCGUGAAGAAAGAGCGGCAGGAGGCGGAGGAGGCCCGCGAGCGUCUGGCGCAGCUGGAGAGAGACAUCCAGGCCAAGGCCGCGCAGGGCGCCGACGGCCAGGACGGCGCCGCUCUGAAGAACGGAGGGCGGGACCUCAAAGAGGAAGCCGCCGCUCCCCAGGACCCCGCAGAGGGCGGGGCUAAAAACGGCCGCGCCCGCCCGCAGGGCUCCCAGGAGCAGAACGACCUGAGGCGCCGGCGGAGGGCGCUGCCCCCCCCGGAGGACGGCGGGCCGGCCAGGGGCGUCCCCGGCCUGGAGCCGCUGCUGGAGCUGGGCAGCCCCGGGCUGCACGCCGCCCUGGAGGAGCAGCUGCUGGCGGGCGCCAUGGUGCACAGCCGGCAGAUCAAACAGGCCGCCGACGCCGAAAACUAGAAGGGACGUUCCUCAGGUUCCACGUGGAACACAACGCCGGUGCCUUAUUCCCUCAUGGCCUUGAACAGAGACGCUGCAGUCGGCCUCAUCCUCUCUGGAUUCCUCAAUCCAGUCUUUAUUUGUAAAUAUUAACUUAUUUUUGUCUUUAAUGUGGAGAAUUAUCCAGAGGUCACUGCUGAAUCUAUGCAAAUACUGUACUGUGGAGCCUUUCAGCAGAUCUUUAAUGUUUGUAAUUCGGUCACUUUAUUUCUGUUUUUAUCCACCAGCCAGCAGCGCCUGCCUCCUCACGACGUUUGGGUCAGCCUCGUCCGUUCAGUAUCGUCGGUUUGUGUGUCUGUUACGUCCAGAUGUAAAUACUGUAUAUUGGUGACUUGUGAUUCAUAUCUGGGGUUUAUUUAUUCCCACUUUUACCGCGCUGUGAAUGUACUGUGGGUGGAGAUUUCUCGGUAAGUGUUAUGAUUUCAAGCGUCUUGCCGGAGCUCCGGUUGUAGCCUUACUGUCAUGUGAACUUUGAGUCAUUCCUUCAGCAUCUUCCCCAUGUUGAGUUCUAAGUGCCUUCUAUUCCACAUUAGCCUCGAGUUGACCUUCCACUCUCACUGUGCUGCGUUCACUGUCAGCAGGACAGUAAAUUGAGAUUUUGAUGCAGUGAUUUGACACAAUUGGAAAAGCUUGCAGUGUUUCUCAGUACGCUCUCCAACUUGCUUUGUACUAGAGGUUAUUUUUCUGGCUAUUUUUCUACCUGCAUGGCAUUUCUGUACAUUUUGCUGAAAGUACUAAAUAAAAGAGCUCUAUUGCCA